CUUGGAAGCUAGAACACUCCCAGGACGUUGAUGCCAACAUACACGGGCCGGAUACGGUGACAUCUUGCACACCAAGAAUUUUGUUUCCACGACCCGUAAAAGUAAAAGCCACCGUGACAUCGCCUGCGCCGGAUGGGGCACUGGAAAUAGCAAUUUGCAGACUUUCUGAAAGCGUCAAGAAGCGUGAGAUUGAAGAUCUUUCGCCCAUGUCACUCCUGUAACGUGUUUCAAAAGAAUCAGACGAUAUCUGAGCGUCGGAACUUCGUGCUCGACUACGAAGCAUCGUCAUGCUGAACCCAUUUCAAGCCGGGGAUGCCAUGCGCAAGAGGGGAGAUCCACGCACGAGGGAUAUGUACCCAGUCAUGACGAACCCGGUGUUUGUGUUCUCCCUCAUCACCCUCUACCUGUUCUUUGUCAAGAUAGCUGGACCGCGACUGAUGAGCUCGAGAAAACCGUUUCAGCUGAAGACCCUCAUUAGGAUUUACAACAUUGCGAACGUUGUUCUUAACGUGACAUUCUUAUGGACGUUUUUGAAGCACACGUACCUUCCAGGAGGAAAAUACAGUCUCUUUUGUCAAGGGAUUUCCGAAGACUAUGACCCCUCAGAAGUUCAGGUAUACAAGCGAUUCAGCUGGUACUUGCUGGUAAGGUACGCCGACUACCUCGACACCGUGUUCUUUGUGAUGAGGAAGAAGUACAAUCAAGUCAGCCACCUCCACGUCAUACAUCAUACCCUCGUUGUAUUUAAUGCCUGGUUUUGGUUCUUGUACGCGCCAGAAGGGCAGCCUGCACUGGGCCUUUGCAUGAAUGCCUUCGUUCAUGUCGUUAUGUAUUCGUAUUACUUCUUGUCCACGUUCGGUCCCGAGGUGAGGAAGUACCUCUGGUGGAAGAAAUACCUGACUACCAUGCAGAUAUCACACUUCGUCAUAUUUCUCGCGCACAUGUGCAUUCCGUUCUUCGUUGACUGUGGGUUUCCCAAACACCUCAUUCCUUUCGCGCAGCUGCAAGUACUCCUGGUGCUGGGAUUAUUUGUGAACUUUUACUACCACACUUACGCCAGAGGCAAUGGGGUCACUGCUCCAACGGGAAACAUUGCCCGUUGUUGUCCGACGGAACACGAGAAGCACCUAUGAAAAGUUCACCAGACUCGUACGGAUAGAAGCGCCGAGAAGUAAAAUACGCCAGGUUCAACACUACACUCUAAGAAAAAAAGGAGGAAAACGGGGAGUAAUUGCAGCUUGUACUCCCCUAGAUUGCAAUUACUCCCCAUUUUAGUUCCUUAACCCGACAUUUAGUCCCGACAUUUACUCCCCAGGACUGCAAAUUGUCACUGAACUUCGCGAAUGGUCUCCUGAAUGCAACAGUCUACGUCAAUAUGUGCCCUUGGUCAAUUUGAUGGCAUAAGGCUGUGUAACUCAGCCAACGUAGGAAUUUUCCAGCCACACAGAGCAAGAAACAGUUAGCGCAACUUUCUUCGCAAAUUGCGCCCUAUGUAUGGCGCAAGAUUUUAUAUAAUCCGAUAUAUCACGGUUGACGGUUUCCUUCAAAGUAUUUUCAUGCAUGCAAGCGGAUUAUGUACCUGGGACUCUUACAACGGCGCAUGAAACGCAGUCUCCACUUUGUGACAUUCAUUUACUCCCGUGCAUUUACUCCCGAAAGGGACUAUUUUUUGUGACAGUGCAUUUAGUCCCCAAAAGGAGUAAAAGUACUCUUUUUUUUUUCUUAGAGUGUACCAUGUGGUUAUAGUAAGAGUUUCGAUGUACGUAAACAUAUGUGUGCUUUAGUGUCCAUGUUUGUUCUGCUGAAAACCGAAUAAGUCGAUAAGUUGCUAAGUAAAAAAUAAAAAUAAAUGUGGAGAGG